AUGAUCAAAAAACCGAUAUCAUUAUCUCCAUCGAAAAAAAAAAAUUUUCGAUUAAAUUCAAUUGAAAAUUAUUCGCCAACACGAUAUAAAUCAACACAAUCAAUCUCUAUACAAACAGAUAUUAAUGAUAAAUGUUCCAAAUAUACAAAUACACCAAAUUAUUUGGAUGAUAUGUUAAUACAAGGCAAAAAUAUGGCGGAUGAUGAAUUUGAAAAAUUUAUUAAAGAUCGAGCAUCUGAUUGUUAUUGGAAAAUUUUGGCGGAACGUGCUCGAAUAAAACUUGAUACUGAAUUACGAGAGAAUCGACAACUUCAUGAAUUACUUGAUGAAUUAACAAAAGAAAAUGAGCAACUACAGGCAAAAAAUGAACAUUGUGAAUAUUUAACCAAUGUUUUUAAUUCUAUAACAUCUGAAUACGAUAGUGGUAUUGAACUUCACAUUACCGAUGAAUCUCCGGUGUCAAAACGACAAAAAACACAUAUUUAA